AAAAGGGAGACGUAAAGACGUUUACUUGUAUUCGACUCGAUCUCUUGCCCCAACAGAUCGUCAUAUAAAACUGUCAAUCGAAUCAAAUAUAUCGAUCUCCAAGGAAAGCACUUUUAAAAAACAUGCCGAACCAAACUCAAGACGGUAGAAGGAAUUCAGUUUUAGCUUCUGAUCCUCCAAACUUUAUCCCAAUCCCACCCAACACGCGUGGACUACCCCCUUCGUCUUUCGGAGCGGGCGCCGUUUCACCCUCGGUCGGUACCUCGCCCAUCUCCUAUCACCUCUCGAACUCGCCUUCAGCAACCACUAGAGGUAGGGGAAACUCUUUGGGACAUUUUUCCAUCGCUCGACAGUUGACUGCCUUCUUACCACCCGCUUAUCCCUUGGCUGAGGAACCUCAGGCGGAUGAGGGAGGUAAGAGACAGGGGAAGAUCACCAUUUUGUUAUUGGAGAAUAUCAAUUUGGAAGCUGCAGACUUUUUGAAGAAGGCUGGGUAUGAGGUCGAUCACCUCACGAAAGCUUUGAGCGAGGAGGAGCUUAUCGCUAAAUUACCUCAAUAUGACGCAAUCGGGAUUCGAAGUAAGACCAGGAUUACUGCAAAGGUCAUUGAUGCGUGUCCAAAGCUCCUCGUCAUUGGUUGCUUCUGUAUAGGUACCAAUCAAGUCGACCUAGUUCAAGCUGCCAAACGUGGCGUGGCAGUGUUCAACUCUCCCUUCUCCAACUCUCGUUCAGUUGCCGAACUCGUCAUUGCUGAAAUCAUCUCACUCUCCCGUCAACUCGUCGAUCGUGCCAUGGAAAUGCGUCAAGGUAUCUGGAACAAACUUUCCAAAGGAUGUUGGGAAAUCCGAGGUAAAACUCUCGGUAUAGUCGGAUAUGGUCAUAUCGGUGCUCAACUCUCCGUUCUCGCCGAAGCAUUCGGAAUGAGAGUUAUUUAUUACGACGUUAUGCCUAUAAUGCCAUUAGGUACAGCUUGGCAAGUUGAAUCAUUACACGAACUAUUACAAAAAUCCGAUUUUGUCACUCUUCACGUACCUGAAAUCCCCGAUACUAUCGAUAUGAUGGGUGAAAUCGAAUUCGCAUCGAUGAAACAAGGUUCUUUCUUUAUCAAUAACGCUCGUGGUAGAGUUGUCAAUCUAGAAGCACUUGCUUCUUCACUCGAAUCUGGACAUUUGGCAGGAGCAGCAGUUGACGUUUAUCCAAAAGAACCAGGAAGUAAUGGACCUGGUUUCAAUGAAGAUUUAGGAAAUUUCAUUCCACGUCUUAGAAGAAUUCCAAAUCUCAUAUUAACACCUCAUAUUGGUGGUUCGACAGAAGAAGCUCAAAGAGCUAUAGGUUCAGAAGUAGGAAAUGCUUUAGUUCGAUAUUUAAAUUAUGGUACUACUUUAGGAGCAGUAAAUUUCCCAGAAGUUGAUCUCAGGGCAAUAACGACAGAAGAUGAAAGACAUAUUAGAAUUUGUCAUGUUCAUAGGAAUGAACCUGGUGUUUUGAAAAGAGUGAAUGAGAUUUUAGGUGAACAUAAUAUCGAAAAACAAUUUUCGGAUAGUAAAGGUGAUAUAGCUUAUUUGAUGGCGGAUAUUAGUGAUGUGGGUGAAGAAGAAGUUGAAGCGAUUUAUUCUAGGAUUAAACAAACUCCUGCGAAUAUUUUGACGAGGUUGUUAUACUGAGCGAUGACGGGAAAUACGAAGAGUACCGGUUUUUGUGAAUAAAAUGUACUCCAUAUCGCCCACGAAUCAUGGUCACUUUCAACAGGUUGACUGCUCUUUCAUCGAUCAUCGAUCCACACUAUCCCACAUAUUCAGUGAUGUAAUUGAUUCAUGCAAUGCUAUGCAACAAAUUGAAUCUC